CGUCGUCGGCGUCGCAGCUCGCAGUUCGGCCUCAUUCAUUUUGCAUUGUGCCUUUCAGCGCAACGGACGUGCGGUGUCGAGACAACGCUAAAUAAGAAAAUAUUGUUAAUAAUAAUAACAACAACAAUAGCAAUAAAAGUAAACUUUAAUAACAACCAAGCACAUUCUGCUGACUUUAAAUAAUGCGCUAAAAUAAAAGCAAUAAAUAAUUUUGCAUAAAUUUUCAUCUAUUAUAUAUUUUUUUUUGUUGUUUUAACACAUUUUUUUUGUGCGCGUUCGCGUGCUGUGUUAAUUAAUUAGUCGAUACAACGUAGAAGAAGUAGAACAACAACAAAAACAAACAAAAAACAAAAACAAAUACGUUAAAAGAAAAGGUUUGCAAGUACCGCCCACAACAGAAUAGGAAGAGCGCAGGAAAAAGAGAGAGCGAGAGUGAGAGCGACACAAAGAGAGCGACAAAGACGACGCCGCAGCAAAGCGGACGCUAAAACUGGCACCGACAACAACAACAACAGCAACAACAAAAUCAUGUCAACAGAUAAUCCCACACAGCUGCUAACAACACACGAUUUGAGCCAACUGCGAGGACAACUACAAACGGCGGCGGCAACAACAACAGCAACGGCAGCAGUUGUGGCAGCAGCGGCAGCUGCCGCACACGGUUAUCACAGCGUGACAACAACAACAGCGCCAACACCAGCACCACCAACACCAUCCGCCAGCCACAUGAACUCCGGCCCAAAGUACGUGUUCCUGCAGCACAACGGCAGCAGUUUUACGGCCUACGAGAAUAGCGCAGCAGCAGCAGCAGCAGCGGCAGCAGCAACACAGUCGGCGAAUGCAAGUGGUGGGGGAAUGGGAGGUGGUGUUGCCACCUCAAGCGGUGGCAAUAUUGUGCUGCUUGCCACAGAGCCAUUGGAGUUGAGUGCAGCCGAUGCCUUGGCCACAGCGGCGGCAGCAGCAGCAGCAGCAGCUGAUGAUGGAGAAUUGCGGCCAUUGUCUUGGUUAAACGACAGCAAUCUGAUCAAAGGUAUUGUCACCACAACAACAACUGCGGCAGCAACAACGGCAGCAACAGCGCCACAUUUGAAGCGUGGUGCGACGCUUAAAGCAACGCCAGUGCCACCAACACCCACCACAAACACAACAACAACAGCAGCAACAGCAACAGCUAUGAGCAACAACAAUAAUAACAACCACACCAACAACAACAUUUGCAUUGUCAGCGACAUUAUCGAAGAGUUGCCAGCGAGCAACAACAACAACAGCAGCGAUGCAAAUGAGCAAUCAUCAAAUGAACCACAGCAAUCACCCGCCGUAUACAGCACCACAACGGUGCAUAAAGGACCAAGUGGCACCACCACCGUGGUGGAGUAUAAAGCGGCAACAAAAGCAAGUGUUGUAACUGCUGCUGCUGCUGGCGCCUUUUUGCAGCGUAACGGCAACACUUUUGUGCCCGCCAUUACAGCAACUGUCAAGCAGCAACAACAACAACAACAGCAACAACCACAGCAGCAGCAAGCACCACAACAGAUUUAUGUAAGCAGCAAUGGAUCGAGUGGUGCAUAUAAAUCGACAGGCAAUACAACCACACAUCAUCCGCAUAAAAAGUAUUUGCGAGAAAAGAUGAACGUACAUGUCGAACAUCAGAACAACAACAACAACAGCAGCAGUAACAACAACAACAACAACACAACCACCAACAAUCUUGGCAACAAUCAUAGUCAUGUGGUGGCCUCAACGGUAACUGUGGUCAGUUCCCCCGCCUCCUCAAACAAUUCAUCGAUCAGCUCCUGUUCGGCGUCAGGUUCCGGCUCCGGUUCCGGUUCCGGCUCAUCGACAGCAGCUGUCAACGGAGGCAAUAGUCCGGUGCCCAAAGCGAGCAACUUUAAUGCCGUCUUCGAUGCCGUCAAUUAUGCAACAAACUCAACGCCCAAUCACAGCAACAGCAACAAUCACAACCACAGCAACACAACCAAAAACAACAUAACCACCAGCGUCAACAACAACAACAAUCACAAUAACAACAGCAACAUCAGCAGCAGCAGCAAUAACAACAACAACAACAACAGCGAUCCACAAUCAGUGACGUCGUCGGUGGUCAGUGCAACAACGCUGCCAGCGGGUUACAGUUUUGUCAGCCAUUUGGGCACCACGACGCAUGUCAUCUCACAACAACAACAGCCCGCCAAUAUUGUCUCACCGGAGACGACGCCUGUGGCGCCACUGCUCCUCUGUGGCAGUUACUACAGUGCGGUGCCAUCACGUUCGGGUGGAUUGCAAUUGUCGAUAACACCGCCACCAGCGCCCGUAACGCCCACAGCAAUGCAUAAUGGUUCUGGUUCUGGUUCCGGUUCCGGUUGCGGUUCGGUUGCCAAUUUGCGGAGUCCCAACAGUUAUGCCAGCUACGACAAUGAGGAUUCGCUAAAGGAGUUCGAUUUGGUGGUGGGCAGUGCAAGAAUGCACACAAGCACACCUCAAUAUCAAACUAUGACCAAGAACAACAACAACAGCAACAACAAUAAUAAUAGCAAUAAUAAUAAUAGUAGCAACAACAACAACAACACUUCAUCCACUGGCGGCAGUUACGUCAGCUCUAACGGUGGCAACAACAGCAGCAACAACAACAACAACAAUAACAAUAACAAUAACACACCACAAAAACAAAAGCAUCCCAAUAAUGUGCCAUACGAUCCGUUUGUGCAUACCAACAACAAGCCGCCAUAUAGCUUUAGCUCCUUGAUCUUCAUGGCCAUUGAGGACUCCAACGAGAAGGCGUUGCCCGUGAAGGAGAUCUAUGCGUGGAUUGUACAACACUUUCCCUACUUCAAGACAGCGCCCAAUGGCUGGAAGAACAGUGUGCGUCACAAUUUGUCGCUGAACAAGAGUUUCGUCAAAGUGGAGAAGGCGCCCAAUAUGGGAAAGGGUUCGUUGUGGCGUGUUGAGCCUCAGCAGCGUCAAAAUCUCAUGCAGGCUCUCAAUCGCUCACCCUACUUUCCCAAUUCGGCCGUCGAUAAGAUUAGUCCGAUGCUCAAGAGUCCCAAUGGCAAUGGCAGUGGCAUCACUAGCUACGAUAGCUUGGAUGGAUCCACUGUCUCUGUACCUUCAGCGAAUGCAACAACGCCAUCAAAAACCAAUGGGGCAAUUGUCAAUGGAGGCAGCCAAGUGGCGGCAACAGUUAAUGGCAACACAGUUGGCAGUGGUGCUGUCGGUAGUGGUGCUGUCGGUGGACAUGCCCGUUUUGAUCCAAAGCUCUUUCCCAAUCUGUGCAAAAAGUUUCGUAAUAUUAGCGAGGAGUCAUCGCAGCCGGCGCAGCUCCUAGGCGAUGUACUUGACGAGGAGCUGCCCGGCGAUUAUGCAACCAACAACAACAACAACAACAAUAAUAACAACAACAACAAGUACAACAAUUAUGCAAAUUUAAAUGGAGGUGCAAAUGGAAUUGUUGGUGGUGGCACCACAAUAUCAACAGCCCCAGUGGGUGCAUUCAACUAUGAGCGUUUGGCUCGCGAUUGUGGUGCGGACAGCAUAGAUGAUGUUCAUGCGGCGGCGGCGAUGCUCUUCCUUAAACACGGACCAAAGGCCUUCAUUGAAUCCUUUCAGAAUGGCGCACCGGUGAUAACUAGCUCGCCUAGCGAGGAUCACACCUAUUCGGCGGGUGGCAAUAGCAAUGCGGAUAGCGGCGCUUCAACGCCACGGACCAAUGGCAAUGGCAAUGGCAAUGGCAAUGGCCAAAAGAGUGGCCAACAAAUACAGUCGAGUGUGGGACAAAGCGGCGGGGAAAGCAAUUGUGCCAACUGUGCCAGUUGUCCCAGCUGUACCAGUGAUGCGGCCUACGACAGCAGUGAAGAGAAUCACAACAUCACGGCCGAGGAGCUGGCGGAUCAGCAGCGAAAGCGCGAUGGCGUUGAUGCCUUGUUAUCACUGUCGCGCUCCUCAAUUAUUGAAUGCGGCUCAUCGACGACGCAUUAUCACAGCAAUGGCAGCAGCGGCAGCAGUCACGGUUCACCGCACAAACGCGCCUCGAGUCGCAGCCUAGAAGAGGAGCAUCAGCUGCAGUUGCAACAGCAACAGCAACAACAGCAGCAACAGCAUCAACAACAUCAGCAACAACAUCAGCAACAUUAUCAGCAGCAUCAUCAGGGCAUCUAUACGAAUGGCAGUGGCAGCAAAAUGGCCUUGCUUAGCAGUGCCGCAGCCAAUGUGGCAGCUGCUGCAGCACUGGCCCAACAACAACAGCAACAGCAGCAACAGCAACAACAACAACCGAUCUACGAGGAACUUUACAGCACAACGGGAUCAGCUGGCAAUGGCAACAGCAACUCCACCUCCAAUUUAUAUAUGCAGACCAUAACUGCUGGCAACGCCAACGGUCAACCCAUGUUGCAACAGCAUCUAAGUGCGGCCAUGGCCAAUGCCGUUGCAGUCAAAAGCAAAGUGAAGCCAAUGCGAACACUACGCACCAAGAUUAUGAAGCGAAAGGCCGCCUGGAUGCGGUGAAUGUGGCGGAAGGCUGGCGGCAGGUCAUAGAUACAUCUGCUGUCUGUCUGUCCGUCCGUCUGUCUGUCUGACUGUUCAACUGAGACACACCCCCAAACACAUACACACACACACACACCCAGUUUCGGCUAUCUCUGCCACUAUCACCUUACCCCUCGCACCAAUUUGUUGUCUCUUUCUAAAGCAAAUUCUGUUCAACGCGUAGCAUUUAGUUUCUAAGUUUUCUAACUAUUUUUAAAGAAUUUUUUUUUUUAAUUUUUGUGUUUUUGUUAUUGAGCGGCGUUUUUCUUUAUAAUUAAUUUUACUAUUACUUAAACUAUAAUUAUUAUUAUUUUAAUUAUUAAAAUUAUUCUAAUUACUACUACUAUUAUUAUUAUUUUUUAUUAACUUUUUUUGAUAGUCUUAUUUUUAUUAGCUAUUAGUUUUUAUUGGACUUUAUUUAGUGGCAAUCGUAUUGCCUGUUAAUUGUUGGCCAUUAUAUAAAUUUAUAUAUAUUUUUUAUUUUUUGAUUAGUUGCAAUUUUCUUUAUUAGCUUUUAAUGAAAAGUUAUGUGUAUAUAUAUUUUACUGAUAUAUUUUAAACAAAUUUUUAAACUCGCAUACAACACAAAAACAAAUCAAAAUACAAAGUAAAACACAAAACGAUAAAGUAAUUAACAAUUGUCCUAUGGUGCUAGCUGGGCACGAAUUGUAAUUUAAAUUUUAUUUAAAAUGUACAACACAUGUGAGAGAGAUAGAGAUCGUUAGAAAGAGAUAGAGCGAUGCAGCGAGAGACAAGGCGAAGCAAUCAGCAGAGGCAGAAGACAAACUGUGUGUAUAUCAGAAGUAACAAAUUUGUGCUAAGUUAAAUCAAAGAAAAUACGACGAAAAAAACAUUUAAAAAAAAACGGUAAAUAAAAACGAAAAGAACAAACAUCUUUUGUAUACAAGUGUUACAAAAAAUAAAAAAAAUGAGGAAAUGCGAAAAACAAGCAAAAAGCAACAAUUGUUAAAUAUAAAACGGAAUGCUUGUUAGUUUGCUGUGAGCAAAAGUUUUAUAUAUUAUAUACACACAUACACAUACAUGUUAACGCAUAUAUAUACAAAUAUAUAUAUUAAGUACUAAACAUAUAAAUAUUUAGCGCCUUAUAAUUGAGUCCUUAGCAAAGAAAAGAGAAAAACACACACAAAAAAUGCAGUGUAAAAUGCUGUUAAAAUUUGAAUUGUUUAAUAUUGCUACGUGUUACAUAUACUACAUACUAUAUUAUUAUUAUUAUUAUAUUAUUAUUAAUAUGGUUAAAAUGAUUAUCAUAUGUUAUAUGAUUAACUUAAGUGCUAACUAAAUCAACCAAAACACAGGCCAAUCAAGCUUAGCAUAGCAAUCCGAAUACCCAAACCUAAAACUAAAUCUAAACAUUAUAAUGAAAACAACAAAAGGAACACAACAAGCGACACUCAAGUAAAUGUUAAAUCAAAGAUACUUCUAGACUCUAAGCAAAACCACAACAACAACAACAACUAACAAUUAGUUAUCUAGGCAUUAAACUAUGUAGUUAGAAACUUGUUCGCAAACUUGUUAACAAUUUGAUUGUUUCCUGGCUUUAAAGUAGCAUAACACACACAAUACAACUAUAAAUUUGUUUUUAGUUUUUAUUUAAUUUUAAAUACAUUAUUUGUUUUGUGGACUAUAGAAAAAAAAUGAGAAAAACAUUAAGACCAAUAUUAAAAUAAAUGAAAGAAACAAGAAAACCUUAGUUAAAAUUAACUCAAUUAUGUACAUACAGAAAAAAAAGCUGUUGGAAAUAUGCUUUACACAGACACAUGCAUACACACAUACAUAUAAAUAUAUAUAUAUAUAUAUUUGUAUAUAUAUAUAUAUAUUUAUUUAUUAUUAAAAAACCCCUAAGUGAAUACACUUCAAGUACCUUUUUAGCAGAAAAGCAUUAAAGUAAAUUAAAUUAAAUUAUAACAGCGCAUAAUAAAAAAA